AUGACUUAUCAGACAGAAAAAAGUACAGCCGAAGAAGACUCGGACAUAAUCGAAUUUUUAAAUCGUAAAUUAGCGAAUUUAACAGUAAAUUCUGACGCUACAGAAGUUCUUGGAAACAACGACGGGUUACCAGUUUGUGAAGUUUCAACCUUGUUACCACAAUACUCACAGGUUAUUAUAUCUGCUCUUCAUUCAAAAAAUACUGGGUUACGGCUUGCCGCAGUUAUUAGACUUCGUAAAUAUUUAUCGUUACAGAAUGUUGACGAAAGGGUUGAUAAUGUCCUUGCAUUGAACAUAAUACCAUUAUUGAUAAAUUUUCUUGAAAAUUUUGGGGAUCCUUUAUUACAGGCUGGUUCUACAAAGCAUACUGAAGCUCUUGUUGCUGGUGGUGUAACAGAACAUCUUAUAAAAGUUUUAUCAACUUCAAACAAUGUCGAAGUUCAAACUCAGAUCAUAUGGGCAUUAGGCAACAUCGCAGGAGAUGGCGCUGUAUUUAGAGAUAUUAUAUUAUCUGCCGGCGUAUUAGACCCUUUACUUUAUAUUUUAUCAAACUACAAAACAUAUGAUUACAUGGCCGUAAGAAUCACAGUUUGGGCUACUGCAAAUAUGUGUCGUGGUUGCCGUUGUUCGGAUCCAUCAUGGUCAUUGAUUACUCCAGCUUUCCCAAUUUUAGCUAAUAUGGUACAGCUCAAUGAUGCAGAAAUUAUUUCUGAUGCUUGUUGGGGGAUGUCCAGAAUAUUGAACGGUACUCAUAAGCAUCGAGAACAUGCUUUAGUAAGCGAUAGUUCAUUAUGUCGUCGCUUGGUAGAUCUUCUCAGUGAGGAGAGCCUUACCUCCGCCGUUCAUUUGCCAGUGCUACGAACAUUGGUAAACAUCGCAUCGGGAGCAGAAAAACAAACGCAGGCAGUAAUAGAUUCUGGAGCAUUAACUGUGUUGACUACUUCAUAUUUAUCGACUAAAAAUUUGACGUUGAGGAGAGAUGCAUGUCUAGCUGUAUCCAACGUAGCUGCUGGCACAUAUUGUCAGGUAAACGCUGUACUAAAUGAAAAAAAUUUGAUGGAAAAUGUUGUCGCUUUGCUUUGGGACGACGAUGUGAAGGUUGUAAAGGAAGCUUGUUGGGUUUUAAGCAACUCCACAAGUUUGCACGAUUCUGGCCAUAUCAACUUAAUUCUACAUUAUGAUAUUCUUACACCUCUUCUGCAUCAUUUACGCAAUUCAUCAACCCCUCAAGAAAUAAUGAACAAGCUUAUUGACACUUUAAUUAAUAUUCUUUCGGUUGGAGAUAUUUCUAGUUCUUCACCACCACCGUCAUCACAGAAUGCAUAUGCGGAUCAAUUAGCUGCAUCAGGAUUAGUUGAUGCAUUGCUUACCGCCUACAAUCACCAAGGAUUAUUGGAAACAAUAAGGGAGAAAAUUAGAGGAUUAUUGGAAAGAUGGUUCUAUGGAUAUUUACACAGGGAACAAGGCAAUGGUGAGGAUGAUGGAUUAGAUAUAGCAUCUAUUGAAGAACGUGUUGGUAGAUUGAGAAUCAAUAUGGAAGGUGUUGAUGUCUUUUAA